AUGUAAGGUAUUAUGAAAACCAAUACUAUAAUAUCAAUUAAAGAAACCAAAAAGUAUGCAAACAUCUUAAUUUACAAGCCUGGACCUAUUAAUUCUGAUUUAAAAUCUGAUGAAGUUUUCUUAUUCAACUAUCCAAAUAAUCACUCCUUUAAUUAGAAAAUAGUAAAAUUAGACCCAGAAGAUUAUGUUUUAGUAAACCAUACAAAUAUUUAAUAGGUUGGGAGCGAUUUGAUGAAUAUGUGGCAUUUAGAAUUUGGAUCUGAAUUAACAAUUUUUAGACAGAUAACUUUUGAUGAAAAUUCUAAACCAAUUACAAAUGUAAAUCUACUUAGAUAAGACAUCUAUAUGAAAAUUUAAAAUUCUACUCGAGGUACCAUCUAAGUAGAUGAGAAAUGUUUGAUAAAAUAAUGGAUAAUGUUGAUAAAAUCAGCAUUGAAAAGCGAGUUUUAAUUGAAUUGCGAAAACAUUAGACUAUGGAAGCAUAAACAUUUUCCCGCUAAUUAAGCUAUAAAACAAUUAGAAUAGCAUAAUGGUAAAUUCCAUGGAUAGAUAUUGGAUGAAAAUUAAAGUGUAGGGUAUUAUAAGGCUGAUUUAAUAAUUAUCGACAUUCAAUUAAAUGGAAAGUGGCAAUUUGAACUAUUAGAUUUGAAAACUGCUAGUUUGGAAGAAUUCAAACAUGUUUUUAAUAAAGCAUAUAAGGGAUGUGGAAAAUUUUAUUGUGAUAAAAAUUAUUGUAACAGCAAUCCAGUCUUUAAUCAAUUGCAGUUUGAAAAGGCCAGUUUACAAUAAUUUCUUAUUGAAUCCUUCAAAGAAGACAGCAUAGAUUGGAGUGAAGUUUGUUGGAAUUCUGAUUAUGAAUUAAAGCCUAUCUAAUAAAUAGAGGAAGAUAUUAUAUAGUAGAUAAGCAAAGUUUCAAUUUAUCCAAAUAGUUUUGGAGGUUCCUUUGUUUAGGAUUUUAAUGGUUCUUAUGAAUCAAUCCUUUCUCAUAAUAACCAUCCUAGAUUGAAUACGACUGUGAUAAACGAAAUAAAUAAGGUCAUCGAUUUCAACGUUUUGAAGGGUUGGAUCAACAAUCUAUAUAAAACUAAAGAGAGCAGUCCGUUUAAAUUGAGAUCAAUAUUCAUCAUUCUACACUUUGAUUGUUUUACAUAGAUAAUACCAGAAAAGUCAAACAGUUUCUUAGAAUUUGUAUUCAAUUUGGACAUAUAGAGUAAGAAUCAAUUAUCCUAAUAUUUGACCCAUCUUCCAAAUCAGCAAUUUUAAAAUAUUAUUGAAGCCUUAAUUAAGAAUUUGAUAUUGUUUAUUAAGUACUAGUAAUAACUGCCAAUUUAAUUGUUGCUUAAGGCUGACAUCCGUUAUUUAAUGUAGCAACUUGAACUGUUACAAAUAUUUUACAAAUCGAAUGAAAAGGUGAAAAGGAUUAUUAAUGAGAAAUUCAUUAUUAAGGAGAUUACUAAACUAUAUCCAAGACAAGCAGAAUUGUUGGAAUUCAAAUAAUUUGCUUGUUUGAAUAACAAAUCCCUUGAGAAUUAUUACUUUACGUUUUGUCUAUAUCCCUGGAUAAUUCCGAUUGAAUUUAAAUACCAAAUUUUAACUAUGGAUUCAAAUAUAAAUCAAAGGAACUAGGGUGAUUUUAUAUGGCAAUAGAUAGGACUUGCACCCUCUUUAAAAUUGUUGAUAGACAGAAAUGAUAUUGUAAACAGUGCAUUAGAGUAACUGUCAAGAAAAGGAAUAAAUCUAAAAUCUAAAUUAUCCAUAGUAUUCAAGGGAGAAUAAGGAAUAGAUUAAGGGGGUUUAACAAGGGAAUUUUUCUCUAUAUUGACUCAGAAGCUAUUCGAUGUUUAAUUUACAAUGUUUGUCACAAGAAAUAAUAAUACAGUACUAUGGUUCAAUAAACAUCAUAUGGAGAUGCCAAUAAAGUAUGAAUUAAUAGGGAUGUUACUAGGAUUGGCUCUUUACAAUUAAGUUCUGCUGGAUGUAAGUUUCCCAUAGUUGGUGUUCAAGAAGUUGAUGAAUGAAACAGUGCAAUUUGAGGAUCUCAAGGAGUUAGAUUUGGACACUUACAAGGCAUUGAAUCUAUUGAGUUAGUAUGAAAAGGAUGACAUAGAGCAAGCGUUUGCGUUCAAUUUCUCAAUUACUGAAUACGAUAAUUGGGGAUAGCCCUUGCAAGUUGAUUUGAUAUAAAACGGGUCAUAAAUCAUGGUCACACAGAAGAACAAGGAGUAGUACAUUAAAUUAUGCACUGAAUAUUACUUGAAUUAAUCAAUUCAAAAGGAGUUCCAAAGAUUUCAUGCAGGAUUUUGGAAAGUGGUGGAUGGAAAUGGUAUUAAGUUGUUGACAGGUGCCGAGUUGUAAACCAUGAUAUUGGGAUAAAAAGAUUUGAACAUGUACGAAUUGGAAGAGUCUACAAAGUAUGAUGGAUUUGAUAAGAAUUCUGAAUAUAUCAGAACUUUCUGGGCAUAUAUUCAUUCUUUGGAUGAAUAAUAGAAGAAGAGGUUUCUAUUCUUCUGCACAGGAUCAGAUAGAGUUCCAGUGGGAGGAUUAAAGUCAUUGAAGUUCGUUAUUUAAAAGCAUGGUGAAAACACUGAAUAAUUGCCAUCAGCACAUACAUGUUUCAAUGUGUUUUUGUUGCCUUAGUAUGAUUGUUUAAACAAGAUGAUGGAGAAGUUGAACAUUGCCCUUGAAAAUAGCGAAGGAUUUGGACUCAUGUGA